UCAGAUAAAACGAGCGGGUCUGCGUUUGUAAUGCGCGAGCGUGUGUGAUAAGGAGGUGGGGGUGAGACCCCGUCGUGUUUUGACCCCCGAAACAACCUCAGCCUCCGUCGCUCCCUCCGUCUCUGCUUUAAAGCGCCACCGCUCCUUUGGCCGUGACAGACCACUCCAGCUCGUGUCUCGGUCCAUGGACAUCGCGAAAGAACAGCGAGGACGCUACAGCACCGUGCACCAUCUCGCGCCCGCUAGCCCUGCAACACUCCGGAUCCGCGCGCUGCGAUAACCACGUCUCACACUGGAUGCUCGCCUGGGCGGAGAGACUCGCGCGUCUGGAGUUUCGUAAUCGUGCCCCGCGCUACCGGAUUGGUGUGUGUCGUCUUCCGCGAGAGAGCGUGGCUUCCGUGUCGCAUGGAUAGAAGGUAUGAAGAGCUUGUACAGUACGCAGGGUCUGAGGUUUUGUCUGUGGGGUCUUAUGGUGAAGUGAUGAGGUCACUACCCCCACCCCCACCUCACUAUGGCCAAACGGUUCCUGAUUCUCUCAAACAGCACCGAGACCAGAUCUAUGGCCAUCCUCUGUUUCCACUCCUGGCUCUGGUGUUUGAGAAGUGUGAAUUGGCCACCUGCUCACCACGUGACUCCUCCUCAAUGUCAAACUCCUCCCAUCUCCCUGGCAUGACCAGUCACAGUGAUGUGUGCUCCUCCGACUCAUUCAAUGAAGAUAUAGCAGCUUUCGCCAAGCAGAUCCGCUCAGAGAAACCCAUAUUUUCAUCCAACCCAGAACUGGACAAUUUAAUGAUCCAGGCCAUCCAAGUCUUACGCUUCCACCUGCUGGAGCUGGAGAAGGUCCAUGAUCUCUGCGAUAAUUUCUGUCAGCGCUACAUCAACUGUCUGAAGGGGAAGAUGCCCACUGAUUUGGUGCUGGAGGAACGGGAGGGCGGGUCCAAAUCUGACAUAGAAGAUUUCACUGGUUCUUGCACAAGUCUGUCAGAGCAAAAUCAGUCCUGGUUGCGAGACACAGAUGACUGUGUGUCUACACCCUCAGUCACACCCGGUGUCUCCUGUGGACCGACUACACACAGCGCAGAUAACUGCAGCGAAGCAGGAGAUGCUCUGGAUGGGGCUGUAGCGUCUCCCAGUACCGGAGAAGAAGACGAGACUGACCGGGACAGAAGAAAUAACAAGAAAAGAGGGAUCUUCCCCAAAGUGGCAACCAACAUUAUGAGAGCCUGGCUCUUCCAGCACCUAUCACAUCCAUACCCCUCUGAGGAACAGAAAAAGCAACUCUCUCAAGACACAGGACUUACCAUUUUGCAGGUCAACAACUGGUUUAUUAACGCCAGGCGUAGGAUAGUGCAGCCCAUGAUCGACCAGUCGAAUCGCUCAGGUCAGGGUGCCCCCUACAGUCCAGAAGGGGCAGCGUUAGGAGGUUAUGGAUUAGAUGGUCAACCUCACUUAGGCCUUAGGACAGCAGGGCUACAGGGCCUGGCGUCUCUACCUGCGGACUACCCCGGGGCUCUGCUGCCCCAGGCGGGAUACACCCACGCCAGCCCCUCCCUGCACCCAUACCCCAGCCCCCAUGCUGCCAUGCUGCUGGCCCCGCCCCCCCAUCCCCACUCUUCCGAGCCCCUUAUUGGACAAAGCCUUGACAUCCAUGCCCACUGAGAGUGUGGGAGGGGAAAAGGGCGGAGAAGUUAGUUUGGCCGACGCCCUCCCAUCCGUGCUGCUGUCAUCCUACGAGCAUGACCUCACUGUUCUUCAGACGCCCUCGCUGUCUUUUCAAGGCGCCCCUGUGAUCGUUUGCCAUUAACCCUUUAUAAUCACUUUGUCUUAAAACUCAAAGGCACAGAUGUGUCCGACUGUUUUUACAUGUCAGUGUGCUGAGAACCUUUCAGCGCGAUGGCCCCGUGUUCCUGCACACACACACAAUUACAUUCCUCUGCCAUUUACACAUGAGCAUCGCUUUUUAUCAUGCACAGUCAUAUACACAGAACCUAUUUUCAAUUUUGCAAGCUACAUCUUGAACUCUGCUCAAUUGGCUCAAACCGUGUCUUCCUAUGGCCUUCAGGGUGAACCGUAGCCUCUUCUGAACUGAACUUCUGGGUGCUCAGUGCCUCCCCCUGCUGGCCAGAACCCCAUCCCCAGGAAAUCCAGCAGAGAAGAUCGCCAGAUAUCUGCAGUCUGGUGCCUUCACGACUGAAUCAAAUAGUCCUGCAACAGUCUUCUUGAACCAACAGCAUCGAGCUUCCCCGCAAACCCAAAGACGUAACUGCUGGAUGCUCGUGAUAAUGAGAGAGUUUGGGUCCGUCUGUCCUGAUGCUAUGACCCGGUCCUCGUGAUAAUGAGAGAGUUUGGGUCCGUCUGUCCUGAUGCUAUGACCCGGUCCUCGUCUUCCUCUUGCCAACCCUGCCCUCGUCAUGCCGCUCUGUCAUCAGGACGCCAUAUUUAAUUUAAGUUUUUAUGUUGAAUCUAUUUUUGUAUUUAUGUGUGUCAGAGACUCAAUGUCACCAAACCCUGAGUUGAUGUUUAUCUUCAGUUUUUUGAAGUUUAUAUUAAUAGUAGGUCCUUCAAGGUCCUAGCAAGCGUGUUUUUAGUUUGCUUUGUAGGAUCUGUUUCAUGCCUUCAUGAAAUCAUAUGUCUGCUGUAUUAACAUAGAACAUUUCUGGUAAACAGUCCUAACAGAGGGAAGUUUGAGAGGAGGUCUGCAAGUACCAGUGUUAGGUGCAUCUUAUUUCUUAAUCAGGGUAUCUUCCUGGCUUGUGUUUUUAAAUAACUGGACUAAUAUUUAAAAGCUAUGAAUCUGUACUUUACCUCUGCAUUAAAAAAAAACUAUGACUGAA